CAUGAACCAUACGUUAAAAGUUAUUUUUUUACAAUUAUUAGCUUUGCAUUGCAUAAAGAUAUCGUGUAGUGAUGUUAAUCAACCAUCAAAUAUCAGUGCAAGACAAAGAGAUUUAUAUUUAACAAUGGAUAAAAUUCAUAAAAAAAGGAUAUCUGAGAUAAAAUGUGAAGAAUAUGAAUUGAUGACACAGCAAUUGAAAACUUCAGAACAAUGUGAUCAUUGUGUUUUAUUCUUAAUGGCUCAUGGACAGUAUGCGAGAAAAAAUGAGUUUCCACACAUGGCAGCAGUUGGAUGGAUUCAAGAUAGAAAUAGUGCAAUUGAAUAUUCAUGUGCUGGUUCAUUGAUUUCUGACCAAUGGGUUCUAACUUCUGCUCAUUGUACUCAUACUGAUACGGGAUUUCCGAAGGUUGUUAAAUUAGGAACCCAUAAUCUAAGCAACGAUUCCGGAGAAAUUAUCAGUAUUGUGAACAUAAUCAUUAAUCCAGAAUUCAAUCAACCACGCCUGUAUCAUGACAUUGCUUUGUUGAAAUUGGAACGUGCUGUAGAAUUUAAGAAUAAUGUGAAACCAGCUUGUUUGUACAGAAAAUUUGAAACAGCACCUGAUGUUGUUUGGGCCACUGGAUGGGGUUCCAGAAGAAACGAAUGUGAAGAAUAUGAAUUGAUGACACAGCAAUUGAAAACUUCAGAACAAUGUGAUCAUUGUUUUCCACACAUGGCAGCAGUUGGAUGGAUUCAAGAUAGAAAUAGUGCAAUAGAAUAUUUAUGUGCUGGUUCUUUGAUUUCUGACCAAUGGGUUCUAUCUUCUGCUCAUUGUACUCAUACUGAUACGGGAUUUCCGAAGGUUGUUAAAUUAGGAACCCAUAAUCUAAGCAACGAUUCCGGAGAAAUUAUCAGUAUUGUGAACAUAAUCAUUAAUCCAGAAUUCAAUCAACCACGCCUGUAUCAUGACAUUGCUUUGUUGAAAUUGGAACGUGCUGUAGAAUUUAAGAAUAAUGUGAAACCAGCUUGUUUGUACAGAAAAUUUGAAACAGCACCUGAUGUUGUUUGGGCCACUGGAUGGGGUUCCAGAAGAAACGAUACUUACGAUCCCAGCAACGAAUUGAUGAAAGUGAAAUUACAGACAAUAGAUAACAUCAAGUGUUCAAUGGCAUAUGGCAAAACAAUUGCAGUACCAAAUGGCGUAUCUCCAAGCAUGAUUUGUGCAGGUGAUACAUUGAAUCAUUGGAAAAGCGACACCUGCAAAGGUGAUUCUGGCGGUCCGAUUCAAAUUCACCAUAACUUUAACGAUUCUAGUUUAUUGUUUGACAUUGUUGGAAUCACUAGUUUCGGUAGAUCAUGCGCUACAGAGACUAUUCCAGGUGUUUAUAUUCGAGUCUCGCAUUACAUCGAUUGGAUUGAAGAAGUCGUGUGGCUGAAUUCAUGAUUUAUCGACAUUAUAUCUGUAUAAAUACAUAAAUUAUAUUCUUUACUAAAUUUAUUUUUGUAAUUGUGACUCUGUGACAAAUAAUAAAAAGAA